GUUCCACAAGAACACCUAUUGUAGGUGAAGGAAGAGUUCCACCAAGAUCUGUUCAUGGCAAGCCUAUUGUAGGUAAGGGAAGUGUUCCGACAAGAUCUGUUCAUGGCAAGCCUAUAUGUGAAAGGCACAAGGGAAGAGUUCCACCAAGAUCUGUUCAUGGCAAGCCUAUUGUAGGUGAGGGAAGAGUUCCACCAAGAUCUGUUCAUGGCAAGCCUAUUGUAGGUGAGGGAAGAGUUCCACCAAGAACACCUAUUGUAGGUAAGCCUAUUCCACCAAGAAUACCUAUUGUAGGCAAGGGAACUGUUCCACCAAGUUCUGUACAUGGAAGGCCUAUUGUAGGCGAGGCUUUGGGGGAUAUCAACUGCGCCAUUAGAAACAUUCUGAACAUGACCGACGACCUAGAAUGGUACGAGGUGGACCGAGACCUCCGCAGCGCCGUCAGGAAGGUCCUGUGCUACGACCCGGACGCCGACGAGGUCACGUCGACACUGCAGCAGGCGGUGGUCGCACUGGUAGGUGAGAACAUCUGUGACAUAUCCCUAGGGAAGCUGAAUGCCUUAAAACUGAUUCUGGAACACAGGCCGACCAAGGAAACUCUCUAUCCUACUAUCUAUCGGAGGAUGGACGAUCUGGGGCUUAGGGAUGAUCAGCACACCGCUUACUUUUUCUUCAAGCGAGCUCUCAGACUAGCAAGGAAUGAACGCUGGACUCUGCAAAGGGAGGACGUGGAGCGAGUAGAAGCAGUCUUGAAGCUUUUUGAGUAUUAUCCCAGAAAACCCUUCGAGGAAGAAAGCAUUGAGCAGGCCAUUCGCAAACUUGGAGACGAGUGCGAUCCAGGCGACUAUGAGAGUCUUAAGGAAGUUCUGAGAUAUAUUCUGAAGUACCAGCCAAAGGCUAAAAAGCGGACUGUUAUUGAUGAGAUUUUGGGGCAGUUUGUACGGAGGAAGGAAACUUUUAGACUCGUAUUUCCUACCACACUGGCAGAAGCCAGCGCUAGACGGAAACUUUGGCUUUCGAAAGUGAGGGAGUUUGUUAAGCAGUCAAACAUGGCUCCCGAUCACCAUAAACAUGAAGUCAAAAUGUAGCCAGAGUCUUUGGUAAAACGCAAGCCACAAAUGGCUAAGGCGCUGAAGAAACAAAACAUGUAUCACAUGAACACGUAUACCGCUGUUCUGAAGCUGCUUGG